GAUAAUCGAGAAUCACAAAAAUUGUCUGUAAACGUUGGAGGUAGCCGCUGUUGGCAAGGGUGCACUUAAUUAGAACAAUAAAAUUUAACAAGUUACUGUUUACGUUAAUUAACAAAAAAAAACAGUGCAAUUUUACGCAGAAGAUCGAAUCAACCUUCAUUUUUAAGUAUUUCAACGCAUAGUGGAGGUUUUAAGUUGAAUAUUUUGCGUAAACCAAACUGGAACAGCGUCGGACGCUAUUGCGAAAAAAAGGAAAAUCGAUUUUUCACCCUACACCGAAUAACAUAAACUUCUAGCCACCAGAGUAAAUCUUUGUUUCACAGACGUUUUCUGUUGCAAGUAAUACCAUCUAAUAAUACAGUGGUGGGUGGUGAAGAUUGUUUCAUCUCUUGACCCGAAGAAACAUUAGUUUGUUCAAGUGCAUUUUUUACAUUAUUUCCUUGCUGUUCGGAGCGUUUUGACAUCCCUUUAUUAGACGCCCGAUUCACCGGUGUACCCAUUGGAACAACCCGGAGUUGCAUAGGUUCUGUCGUGAUUACUACAGGGAAACGGCUUCAAAAUAGGUCAAACCAAUAGUACUCGUUCCAACGAAACCGGACCAUUUAACAUGAAUCAAGGAGAAGUUGUGGUGAAGAAAGUGGCAGGACAUGUGCCCAAGAGUAGCGUUCAACAGCAGCCAAAAUCGACGGAUCAUCAUCGUCGCACGUAUCGUUUGCUAAGGGAUGACAUUUCCGGUGGACCGGUCAAUUUGGACGAGAUUGAGCCAGGACUGUGGCUGGGAAACGUCACGGCAGCAGCCGAUUUGCCAACGCUAGAAAAGCUUUCCAUUCGAAGUGUGCUGACAAUCGACUCCUGCCCGUUGCCAUCCCACGUGACCGAGAAUCCAAGCCUGCGAACAAAGUACAUUCAAGCCUCCGAUGUGCCAAGGGAAGAUCUAAUCAGACAUUUUGAAGACACCAACAAAUUCAUCAGGGAAAGCUUAGCGGAAGAGAGGAAUAUUCUUGUUCACUGCUAUUUUGGAGUCAGUCGGAGCGCCACCAUCGUGAUUGCGUACCUAAUGGAAAAGUAUAAACUGAGCUACGAGGCUGCCUUGUACCGUGUUAAAUCCAAGCGGGGAUUUGUGAUGCCCAAUCCGGGUUUUAUAAAUCAGCUGAGGUUGUUUGCCCUGAUGAACUAUACCAUCGAUCCGCAGAACGAGAAAUACAAACUGUUUCGUCUUAAGCUGGCAGCGGAUAACGUACGGAAAGUGGCUAAUGCUGCUCAUACAUUUUCAGCCAAACGUCUUCCGGUUAACUGCAUGGACGUGGUGAAACCCGACCCGGCUGUUACGCAAGAAACUCCUGAACCGAUCGUUUACCGGUGUCGCAAGUGCCGUCGUGUAGUCGCUAGAAAAAGUAAUCUGCUUCUGCAUAAACCCAAGCCAGUGGGUUAUAUGUCGGGCGGGCGGUUAUUUGGCCCCGUCGACAGUGUGGACGAAGUUGAUGAAAAUGAGUCUGGCGAUGAGAAGAAAGAAGAGGACGAAGCUGACCUCGAAAAAAAGGUUGAAGUUCGUAUAACGACAGACGUCGAAGAAGUAGCUCGUACCGCAACAGAAUCCCAACCGGAUGCCUGUACUGCAACAGAUGUCGGUACGGAAACUAAUGUUAACCCAACAACACCAAAAGCAUCAACAUCCUGCGUUACGGAACAGAUGAGACGAACUUCGAUCAGCAGUGAACAAAGCAAUAGGUCAUCCGAAAAGAAUGGCAUGUGUAGCAAAACCUAUUUCAUUGAACCGCUCGCCUGGAUGACGGAUAUUUAUCACAACACGCAAGGUCGACUGUACUGCCCCAAGUGUUCGGUAAAGUUGGGGAGUUUUAACUGGGUGAUGGCGACCAAAUGUCCCUGUGGAGCGGAAAUAUAUCCAGCGUUCUAUCUGAUACCGUCUAAAACUGAGUACUCAACAGUUGUGCAGAAUGUUCAAGUGACCGUGUAGAUUCGAGCAUCAAUUCCAAUGCAAGCGGAACAAGUAAUAUAGGAAUCUUCGCUACAGAAAUGUAUAAUCAAAAUGAUUGUUAAAAAAACAAAGGUAUGAGACCACACAUGAAACUACACUUCCCUACAAUAUUGCUUUAACCGUUUGGUCACAUUGACUAAUACAACAUUCUGGUUAAACCAAGAUAUACAUACAUCAAUAAUAGUAUUUAACGCCAUUAUAUACAAAAAUGAUAAUAAUAUAAGUCAUAAAGUAUUACAGGAAUCUUCUAUGUUACCGCGGUACAUACUUGAAACUUUCAGGUGACACGUUUGUUAUGGACAUUCGAACUGCCCAUAAUCGCAAAUUAGUUCCAUGUUCUAUGGGAUUCCCUAUCUACAUGGGACUGAUUUGUGAUUAUCGGUAGUGAAUCAGUCAGAGAUAUUUGUUUUACAAUGAGAACAUGGUUUCUGACAUUACUGCAAAAUUAGUGAGUGAUGGAAUGAAAUCGACCGAAGAGGAAAGGUGGAUUUAUCUAUGAUCUAAACGUUGAAGGCAAUACUGAAGUCGUUUUUGAUGAUCUGACAGGAGUAAGCGUUAGAACCUGACUCAAUUUCGGAGGUCAGGCAUUAUUAAGUGUCUUCUAGAGCGACCGUUAGCGAUUCAAAUGCGAAAUGUAAGAGGAUAGUUUAUUAAUACAUGCAUUAGCUCCAGGGUUAGAAUAAUUGGAUUCCAAAAUUACCCGAAAUUAUUUAGACAUUUAAAAUAUUUAUCAAAGCAAUUAAAAUUAUUUUAGGUCGAAAGAUGAUUUCAAUAUGUAAGAAUAUCUGACGAACGUAAAUUCUGAAGAUCGCCACUUGCGAAGUGAAAACUGUUUGUUUUUUGCAUUUUUUUACUUAAACUGGUCCAAAUGGAAUGCCAUGACUAUGUUGGUACUAGAAACGGGUUACAGAACUCCGGGAUAGGUUGAGUUAGAAAGUUUAAUGUUCGAAUAAAAAGCAACCGGUGUGAGGAAUGACUGCUUUUUUUCGUUUUUGAAGACUGAUUUCCAAAUAUUUUUCUUUGAAUAUUAAUUUGUGUUCAGUAUUCAUCCAGUUUUUUAGAAUUCCAAUGAUUAUUGCCUUGUUUCUGGCAAAUUUGUUGUAGCAUCCUUACAAUAGAAAUAAGCUUCUUCUGUGACUAAUAAAAAUUAAAAAAAAAGCAUAAUUGAAGAAACACAAUGAUUCGUACAAUUAUAAACUGGAAGGAUCAAAAAUAUUCACAUACACCAAUGUUAGCUCUUUAGAAAUCCCCUUUCAAAUGUCGAAGAGUCGACGAUUUGGUCAACUGAAACAAGAGCUUGAAAAGAUAAAUAAAAAUCUGUUUCUCAUCUUCGCCCUUUGGUUUGAACUUGAGAAACGGGUAACGGAGGUUACAACGGUUACGAAGAUUCAAAUAAAGCAUAUUACAAUGUA